UCAGAUUUGCCUUUUGCACUGAUGUGUGGGGCAUUCACAUCAUUGAAGAUAAGGAUGCUUUUGGAACCUUCUGCACCAAAAACAUCUCCAGUCAAGCCCUUAACGUACAAAUUUCCAUCAGACUUAAAUAAGAAGUCUAUUUCUAAGGACAUUGCUUCAUCAGAAUCUAAUCCAUUCCCUUUACCUCUUUCCACUCGAAAAAGACGAAUUCCAUCUUUUUAUACCAAUCAUAACAGAAGAUCAGAAUCUUCAGAAAAAAUUCCCUUGUCCCAGACCAAAUACUACAGGUCAUCAAGAAAUGGGAAAACAAUAAGAAUCUAUGGGAAAUCCGUAUCUGCUGUAAGCUUGGAAAAACAAUCCUACAAUUCAUUGGAUUCUACUGAAGAAGCCAUUGUGAACACACUGCUGGCUCCAGUUAGUAAGGUCCAAAAUGAAGAUCGUAUACUACUGCACAGUCACUACAUGACUCAAGCACUAGUAAAGAAUGAAACUCUGAAGAAUGAAUGUAGUGUUGGGUCCACAUGUUUCCAUUGGGAAGUAAAGGAAAAUGUAAUAGUUUCUUCAGGUAGUGAAAGAUUUCAGAACAAAAGUGUGCAGGAUGGCAGUACUGGUGGCUUAUUUUUGACUCCUUGCAGCAUUGCAGACCAUGUGUAUAUUAAAAAGCCUGGUAUCGGUAAUGAAACAGUAGAAGGAAUUGUAUCGAAUUUUCGGAAUCUCCUGAGUCACUUUCUACCACCAAAUUACCAUAUUUCAAAAGAGAAGCUUAAUUGUAUGACAGCAGAAGAACUUGUUACUUUCCCCAUGCGUCACUAUUUUUUCAAUUAUGAGAAGAGUUUAAGAGAACAACUCGAAUCUUCAUCUGAAAAUUUGAUCACAAGAGCUCAGGAAGCGGAGCAGAAAAUACAUCAGGCUGUGACAAAGCUGAAAAAAGCUAAAGAGAAAUUGAAUAUUUAUCAACAGAUCACUGUACAAUUAUUGAACGAGGUCCAUACUCCAGUUACAAAGCAAUCUGAAGAUAACUGAAUACUUGGAAGAGCUGCUUAAAACUUUGGAAGAGGAAGCGCAAAUCUUCAAAUGCAUUCCUUGGCUACUUUUUCAGUAUUAUGCAAGUGAUUUGUUCAGUUGGAAAGGCUGAAUAUCAUAAGCUAAUAUUAAGGAUCAUUUUCAGUUUGCUAAGUUUAAAGACAAACAUAUUUAUGUCUCCAGCAGAAAAAAAUAGAACAAAAUCAAUCCUUUUGUUUACAAAUCAUGCCUUGUAUUUUGUUAAAUUUUUCUUAUAGCAGAGAACUAUUAUAUGACUGAAGAACAUUACUACUCGGCUAAUUUUUCAUUUUACUUUUCACGCUUACUUGAAUAUGUGGUAUAUGAGCAUGUCAAAAUAUUUUAUUUAAGUGUUUAAUGGUUUAAAUAUAAGACAGCCUAAUCUUUGACUAGUAAUGCUCUGAAUCAUGUUGGAGGCUAGAAUAUUCCUUUCAUCCACACUUACAGGCACCUGUAAUUUUAUUAAUCAAGGAUAUCUGAAACUUCAAUUCAGCUGUUGUUAAAAUAUCCUGUAUUUGACUUUUGAUAAUUUAAAAAUGGUUUGGGAUGAUUGGUAAAAGUGGACUA